GCUGUUCGAAUACUGAGCCUGAAAUCAUAUACGAUCAAUUAAUAUGGAACUUCACCAUCAUCAUCGUUAUCAUCAUCAUUUUUUGCCAGAUUCAGGCGGUGGCCGUCAACUGUUCCAGAUGUCUGAAUUCAGGCACCAUGGCACCGUCGGCGGAGAUCUGAGCGAAAGCUCCUGCUCCAGCUCCGGCGAGGAUCACGACGAUCGGACCGCUGAUUUUCACGCGACGGCGGUGGCUGAGAAAAGGAGCACCGUUCCGAGAAGCCAUGAAUCCGCCGAGAAGAAACUCCAGUGGCUGCGGUCGCAGAUCAUCGGCGGCACCGCCGAGUUUGUUACCCCUUUCGGGACGCGCCGCCUCACCUACGCCGACCACACCGCCUCCGGCCGCUCCCUCCGUUACAUCGAAAACUAUAUCACCGCCAAUGUGCUUCCCUUCUACGGCAACAGUCACACGAGCGACAGCGAGACGGGUUCGAAGACGACGAGAAUGGCGGAGGAGGCAUCAAGCUACGUCAAGAAAUGCUUAGGCGGCGGCGGCGGCGACGCCAUUAUUUUCUGCGGUUCAGGCACCACCGCCGCCAUCAAGCGCCUCCAGGAGGUGAUCGGCGUCGCCAUCCCGUCGAUUCUCCGGGACAGGGUUCUCAAAUGUCUGUCCGCCCAGGAACGGUGGGUCGUUUUCGUGGGCCCCUACGAGCACCACUCCAACAUCCUCUCAUGGCGGCGAAGCCUGGCGGAAGUGGUGGAGAUCGGCCUCGACCGCCGCGGCCUCCUCGACAUGGACUCCCUCAGGGAGAAUCUCGAGCUCUACCGGUCGCAGAAACGCCCCAUUCUGGGGUCGUUCUCGGCCUGCAGCAACGUCACCGGAAUCUGUACGGACACGAGGGCAGUAGCGCGGCUGCUCCACCAGUUCGGCGGUUUUGUGUGUUUUGACUAUGCGGCGAGUGGACCUUACGAGAAGAUAGAGAUGAGAUCCGGCGAAAUGGACGGCUACGAUGCGAUCUUCCUGAGCCCGCAUAAGUUCGUGGGAGGUCCCGGCACGCCGGGGAUACUUUUAAUGAGCAAGGCUCUUUACCGACUCGGCGCCGCGCCGCCCUCAACUUGUGGCGGCGGGACCGUCGAUUAUGUCAACGGCUUCAACGAGGAGGACACAAUAUACGUGGAUGACGUGGAAGGGAGAGAAGACUCAGGAACUCCCCCGAUCAUCCAAAAAAUCCGGGCAGCAUUAGCCUUUUGGGUGAAGGGAUUAAUCGGCCACAACACUAUCCACAAAAUCGAACAAAUCCACCUCAAAAAAGCAUUCACAAGACUCAUCCAAAACCCUAAAAUCAAAAUCCUCGGGAACGCCGCCGCGGUGAAAAGACAACCAAUCCUAUCUUUUCUAAUCCACACAACAUCCAGACCCAAUUCCCAUAUUCCGGCGCCGCCGCCGCAACUCGACCUAUGGCGGGAUGACGCCGCCGGAGAAGUCGUCGCCGGCAAGCCGCUCGACGGCCGGUUCGUGGCCAAGCUUCUCAACGACCUCUUCGGCAUCCAGGCUCGUGGCGGAUGCGCCUGCGCCGGCCCGUACGGACACGCCCUCCUCGGCAUUGACCGGCGCCGCUCUCUCGAAAUUCGAUCUGCCAUUAAAAAAGGCUACAAUGGCGUGAAGCCCGGGUGGACCAGAGUCAGCUUUCCGUACUACAUGUCCGAGGAAGAGGUCGAGUUCAUACUCGCCGGAAUCGAAUUUGUUGCCCUCUACGGGCAGCGGUUUCUGCCGCUCUACCAUUUCAGCUGGCGGAAGGGUGUUUGGACAUUCAAGAAGAAUGCGCUUCAGGAUAAGGUCAACGGAUUGACCUUUGCCGACAUUGUCAACGUGGGCCGGAAUAAUGACAGCUGUCUGGAAAUUAAGCAAGAAGAUUCGGCGGCGGCGGCGGUUAGGGAUUACGCGGGGUAUUUGGAAUUUGCGAAGCAAAUGGCUGACUUGCUUCCGAGAUUUCCGGCGGGGAGGAGAGUUCCUGAAGACAUUGACGUUGACCUUAUCGCAUUCAGGGUUUGACUGCGGGAAGAAGAAGAAGAUACGAUGAUCAUAUGAGGAAUAUAAAAUUAGAAAUAAAUAUGGCUAACAUUAUAUACGGUUAUAUUUAUGGAUAAAUUUUUUAAUGUAAAGUGUUUAUGUAAGGUUGCUGGUAUUGUGCUGAUAUUGAAAUCA